UCGGGUGGUUCCGAUGAGCAGCUGCCGCGGGCCGGACCGGGUCUCUCCUCCGACAGCCGGACUGAUGGGAUGAAAUGGGCUCAUUCAUGUCGACGAAGACCGGAGUGAUUCUCGCAAUAACUGGUUUUGUGUUCCUGUUCCUUACAGUGCCUGGAGACGCUGCAGAUGUGAAUUGUGAGAACGUUUAUCGGGACUUCUCUGACUGUGUCCUGAAGCUGGGACAGAGCAUGGACAACUACCAGGAGAACGUGACCAGUGAGAGUGGCGUGGCGGCUGUUUGCAGCCACUGGGAAGCUUUCCACACGUGCGCUCUCACGGCGCUGUCCGACUGCAAGGAGGAGGUCAGCUCCAUCUGGGAGACCCUGAGGCAGGACUCCAGGAAGAUCCGCUUCCAGGGAAGUCUGUUUGACCUGUGCAGCCCCAGCUCCUCUCCCAGUAUAAGUUUGCCUUUUGCUGCUCUUCUCCUGUCACUGGUGCUGGUCGUGUCAGGGCCCAGCUGGUCCCCCAUAUAGAGGGCGUGGUGCUGGGAUUGUGGGUGA